AUGCACGUAGAUUACUCUGUAUAUCUGGUCACCGAUAAUACUCCUGCCAUCCUCGGCGACAAGGAUAUCAUCGAGGUCGUUCGUGCUGCUGUGGAAGGAGGCGUUACCAUUGUUCAAUUGCGUGACAAGACCAGCGAUACCGCCGAGCAGAUUCGUAUUGCCAAAGCUCUACAUGCUGUGACCAAACCUGCUGGUGUUCCGCUUCUCAUCAAUGAUAGAGUAGACGUAGCUUUGGCUGCUGGUGUCGAAGGUGUUCACAUUGGCCAAGAUGAUAUUGAUCUCGCAUCUGCUCGUAGACUCCUCGGAAAGGACGCCAUCAUCGGUGUGACGGCAAACUCCCUGCAGGAAGCCGAAAUUGCAGCCAAAGGAGGAGCCGACUACCUAGGUGUAGGAACUGUCUUUGCUACCCCAACCAAGGAAAACACAAAGUCUAUCAUCGGCACCUCUGGAGUCCAGUACAUCCUCACAUCCUUGGCUCAAUCUGCACCCGAGAUCAAGACCGUCUGUAUUGGUGGCAUCAACGCAAAGAACUGCCAGCGUGUUCUCUACCAGACUGCAGCUGCCCAAAAAAGUCUCGAUGGUGUUGCUGUCGUGAGCGCCAUUAUGGCUGCCAAAGACCCCAAGAAGGCUGCUUCCGAUCUUCGCGAGCUUGUUGCAACUCCACCUCCUUUUGCUACGUCCAUCUCUGCCCCAGCACUCUCUCAUGAAGACAUCGUACGCAUCAUCCCUGAGCUCGUCAAGCGUUUGGCUGGCAAGAAGCCCCUUUGCCAUAACAUGACAAACCUUGUUGUGCAGAAUUUUGCUGCAAACGUCGCUUUGGCCGUCGGUGCAAGUCCCAUCAUGUCGAACAACAGCAUGGAGGCUGAUGAUCUCGCAUCUUUUGGCGGUAGUCUCGUCAUCAAUAUGGGCACUACUACCCCCGAGAUGAGAAUCAACCAUCUCAACACCAUCGCUGCUUACAACAGUGUUGGUGGACCUGUCUUGCUUGACCCCGUUGGUGCAGGAGCCACUCAACAGCGUCGUGAGGGUGUGGCGGCUCUCAUGCGCGGCGGGUAUUUCGAUGUCAUCAAAGGCAAUGAGGGCGAGAUCCGUACUGUAUCAGGAGCUACAGGCUUCAAACAGCACGGUGUCGACAGCGGUGCUUCGACCUUGACUCUGGACGACCGUGUCCAACUCGUCAAGUCUGUCGCUGCAAAGGAACGUAACGUAAUCCUGAUGACUGGCGAGACAGAUGUUGUGUCUGAUGGAGAACGCACGUUCAAAAUUAGUAAUGGACAUGCAUACCUGGGUGAGAUUACCGGAAGCGGAUGCACCUUGGGCACUACUAUUGCGAGCUUCUUGGCCGUGGAAAGAGAGGACAAGUUACUUGCCGCUGUCACCGGUAUCUUGAUGUAUGAGAUAGCUGCUGAGAGGGCUGCGAAGAGAGAGUCUGUUAGGGGUCCUGGCACUUUCGUCCCUGCCUUCAUUGAUGAACUUUACGCGAUCCGUCAAGAAAGCGCAGCAGGAAAUGGAGACUGGGUAAAAGCAGCUAAGAUCGAGAGCGUUUGA